UGACAUAUCAAAAUCAUUCUUUCCAUUCACUCAUUUGCUUAUUUCACAUGUUGUGAUUUAUAUACUUGCGUGUGUGAACGUAAUUUUUAUUAGUUUCUACUGUUUGAAGAAUUUAUGUGCUAGAGAAUAUAAGCCAUAUAUAAAGAUGUCCAGUAGAAAUGUCCGUAAAGUGUUUGGUAAUAACCAACUGCUAGAGUGCUGUGAUGGUUCUGAUGAUGAUUAUGAGCCUCCAUAUGCAAAGAAUACAGCUUCUAAGUUCACUUAUGAAGGGCUUGAGUUGAGCUCUCACUCUGAAAAGGAGCAAGAGCCCUCGGAGUCAGAAUCAGUUGAAGAGAUUGAACCCCAGCCAGAAACGAGCAAGAAGAAAAAUAAACGAAAAAAGAAAAAACAAAAGAAAGCUAAAGAGGCAGUCAAAAAUGAAGAAGGAGAGGAUGAAAUAGACAAGUCCCUAAAGGAAAUCAAUGCGUUGAUGGGCUCUCCGCCGGCCGCGGCACCGUCCGCGUCGAAGCCGCUGCAACCGCAGACGCUCAUUCCCGACGUAUUGCUGGUGCAGCAGAAGCACUUGAACGUCGCCAAUGAAAUGAAAAAAAUGUUCGGUCCUGAACCUACCGAAGAAAGAAACAAACGGGUUAACCGCCAGGCACAACUCCGAAUUCAAAAGAAAACUAUCAUUGUACCAUCAGUCGAAUAUACAGCCAAGUUCAAGAAAUUUGGGCUAUCUAUGUCCAUGACGCGCAAAGAGAAUGGGUCUGCGCACUUUACGUUCGACCACAGCAAGGAGUACCGGCACAUGCACCAGCGGCUACUGCACCUGGCCUCCGUGGGCUACAGCCAGGACUGGCUGCAUACCGCUAUCGAGGAGGCGCAGCGCUAUAUGCACGUCGAAGCCAUCCUCGAGAGUGCCGACAUGUUGCUCCAAAUGGAAGAAUAUACCGCAGCCAACAUACUGGUCGAGCGUGUUAUAGCCUACAUGCAGUUGGUUGCUCAUCCCUCGUUUCAACUUGCAGAUCCGCGAACGCGACUGCUAUACAAAUAUAUGGAAAACAGGACAUUCCACGUCGCUGUAUUAAAAUAUAUCCACUUGCUGACGAAUCGAGCUUGCCACCGCACUGCUUUAGAACUAGCUAAAAUGCUACUGAAUCUCGACCCGUCGGACCCGCUAGCGGUGCUGCUCGUCAUCGACACGCUGGCGCUCCGCGCGCGGGAACAUCAGUGGCUAAUCGACGCCGUCGACCAUUGGGCCAAGGAGAGGGAUGCCGGGUUCCUUUUUAGCAUACAGUACUCGUAUGCUAUGGCGCAUUUCCAUGUUGCUACUAAAAAUAAAGGGGACACGAGCAAGGCGGACGAGCUGCUGCAAGCGGCGAUGCUGCGGUUCCCGGCGGUGGUGCUGCGGCUGCUGGAGUGCGCGUCCGUGCCGCCCGGCGCGCGCCUGCAGGCCUGCACGCUCUUUACAUCCAUAGCCGAAACUAAAAUCACGAAGAACCUGAAGGAGCUGAUACUGUUGUACGCGAAGCUGACGUGGUCGAAGUGGCGCGAGCCGGCCGUGCUCGACUGGCUGCAGCGCAACGCCAACGAGCUCGCCGAGAAAUACGACCGGGACCCCGCCACGCAGGAGCGGGCCAAGGCGCUGGCCAACGAGCAGCUGAACCUGUUCCGCAGCUGGCCCGACGAGGUCAUCCGCCAUCUGUGCGUCAUCAAACCCAUGGCCAACCUCCUCGUUGACGGGGCUGUGCCGCAAGUGACGAACCUGGUGUCGGCGGACCCGUCGCCGCCGCUGCACGGCGUCAACCGCUACGGCUACACAACCGGGCCGCCGGCCGCCAGCUCGGCGCACUCCGACCUGCGCCUGCUGUUCGCCGCCCUGCUGCCCACGUACGCCGACUUCGCGCCGCAGCACCCGGAAGUGGAAAAAAUGUUCCCAGGACAUACGACAGCAAUUUUCUGUAUCAUCGCCACCGAGUUCUGCGAAAGGUUUUCAUUUUGCGGCUUGCGAACUAUUCUUUCCCUCUACCUGAGGAAUGUCCUGUGCCUGCACGAAAAUGCCGCUACAGUGGUGUAUCACAUAUUCAUAAUGCUGUGCUAUACUAUGCCAUUAGUAGGAGCUAUAUUAGCGGAUAACUUCCUAGGAAGAUACAAAGUAAUACUUUACUUCUCCAUCAUUUAUUUCUUCGGGGCCGUACUUACAUGUUGUUCAGCUAUACCUCUACUUAAGCUACCACCUACUGCGAUGUCCAUGAUCGGCCUCGCGCUGAUCGCUACGGGCACGGGCUGCGUGAAGCCCUGUGUGGCAGCCUUCGGUGGGGAACAGUUCCGGCUGCCUGAAGAGGAGCGUCAGUUGCAGCGGUUCUUCUCGACGUUCUACUGCACCGUGAACUUGGGCGGGUUCAUGGGCAUGGUGCUGACGCCAGCGCUGCGCCGCGGCGUCAUGUGCUUCGGCGACGACACCUGCUACGCGCUCGGCUUUGGUUUCCCCACCAUGCUUGUGCUUCUCUCCAUCUUUAUCUUUGCUGCGGGAAGAGGCUGGUACAGAAUAAAACAGCCCCGCGAAAACGUAACAUUGAAAUUCGUCUCCUGCGCGUGGUAUGCGGUGAAGAUGCGACUUCGAGAGGGCGGUGCGCCGCCAGCACAUUGGCUGGACUAUUCUAUAAACAAGUAUGGAUGUAAGCUCGUCGCGGACAUGAAGAUCGUCUUCUCUAUCUUGUAUUUGUAUCUACCAGUGCCCAUCUUUUGGUCUCUAUUUGAUCAGCAGGGUUCACGCUGGACGUUCCAAGCGUCCCGCCUUCGCAGCGAGUUGUUCGGGGUGACGCUGAUGCCCGACCAGCUGCAGGUGCUGAACCCGGCGCUGGUGCUGCUGCUGAUCCCGGUCUGUCCCGGCGGCGCGUGCCCACUGCUGCCCGACCUGCCGCCGCUCACCAAGAUGUUCGUGGGCGGCAUGCUAGCCUCCAUGGCUUUCUUUGCAGCCGGCAUACUUCAAGUGGGCAUCGAGCGGUCGACGCUGCAGGCGCCGGGGCGGCACCACUCGGGGCUGGUGGUGCUGAGCACCCUGGGGUGCCCGGUGGAGCUGACGGUGCGCGGCGCGGCGGGCGUGCUGCUGCCGGCGCGCGGUAGCGCGCUGCUAGCGCCGCUGCCGCACGCCGAGCUCGCGCUGCACGCCGCCUGCGCGCGCUCCUGCGACGGCCGCCGCAUGCGCCGACACAAACUCACCACCACCAUCAAAACUGUUGCAGGACUUUUCAUGCCAGUCGUCAUCGGACAAGAUUCAGAUGACCACAUAUCGUUUCAUUUUAUGGACCCGAACGCAUUCUCAAAAUCUUUAUCUGGGAAACCUAAACUUAAAGUGGUAUACGUGGGUGAAACGGGUCCGAAUAAGAACGUGUCAGUAUCGAUUGAGACCGACAAGCAGCUGAUGGAUAUCUACUACGUGUCCGACUCACCCAUAAACAAUAUCGGCGAGUCGGCGUACAUGCACUUGGCGCCGGGCAGGUACACCUGGCGCGCGGAGCACGCGGGCGGGCAGCUCGGUGCGGGCGCGGGCACGCUGCGCGCGGGCGGCGUGUACGUACUGAGCGCGCGCGCGCGCCGCGGCCGCCUCGACAGCGUGCAGCUGCACGCGCCCAACCCGCCCAACGAGCUGCACCUCGCUUGGCUGCUGCCCCAAUACCUGCUCAUCUCCUGCGCCGAGAUCUUGUUCGCCAUCUCCGGGUUGGAGUUCUCAUUCACACAGGCACCGAAGAGCAUGAAAACGAUAACUAUAGCGGCUUGGUACAUGUCGGUGGCCGUGGGUAAUUUUAUCGUCAUACUGGUGGCUCAAACCAAAAUCUUUGAAUCAAGGGUAAGUACGUAUAUGUUACACUUUCGCACACCUCGCUUAGCCGAAGUCUUGGAGGAUUCAACAACCGGAGUCACCUUUCCGCCAAACCUCGGCCAAUGGUCUUAUGUAUAGUAUGGACUGAUGUUUAUCUGACAUGGCUAUUUGUACAUUACGUACAAAUUGCCAUACAUUUGACGUGCCCCUCUCCCGCAAAAAUCGACA